AUGCUGGGGCUGACAGGUGGUGGAGGAGUGGUGGAGCAAGUAGGAGGCUGGCGAGACUGGCUGUCAGGGACGUGAGAGGUGGCGAGGAAAGUCGGGGGGCGGGCUGGGUCUUUUGGGGGGAGCAGAGAGCAGGUAGCUAGGAGCCUGGCUGUCAGGGCGUUCAGGGGUGGGGAGGAGAAAAACCAGUUGCUGAGGAAAGAGCUGGGCCAGAAAGAGUUAAUGGGAUCAGACGGGGAAGAAAAGGGAUCUAUCUGGCGGUUAAUGUUUAAUCCUCUCCCUCCCUAGGCUCCACCCAUCUGAUAAUCCUUGGGCUGCCUGUCUUCAUCAUCAAGGUGUCGGAGAGAAGUGCCUCUGUAAAUAUUUAAUUGGCUGCAGCAUGCCGCUGUUAAUUAUGCGGUUGUGCCUUUUCUCUAUCUCUUCUCUCCUCCCUCUUUCCUAUUCGGUCCUCCCUCCCUACCUUCAUUUGCUCAAUCGCUCUCUCUCAGAUAGGAAACUCAAUUUCCGUCUUCUCUAUCUAUUCUACCACUGUUGCUCUCUCUUGACAUCUCCCUUUGUGGACAAACCCUCGCCGGAGCCGCUGCUCGCUUGGAGUGACUAGCUCUUUAUUUUUUUGCGUUCCAUCUCUCGCUCUUUGCCUCGCUCCUUCUCCCUUUCAAUUUGUCCCUCCCUUUCAAACCAAGCUUCUGUUAAACUGAUUAUUGUUGUGCAAUUCUUUAUUAAUUCAUUUGCCUGUUAUCCUCCUUGACGCCCCAUGCUUUCAAAAGUUUUCUUUCUCCCAAUGUUUUUCUUUGAUCGUCAAGGGCAACGGGAAAUAGAUGUAGACUACACAGACUCUCUACAGGCUAGUGCACUGACUGGCGCUUCAAUCGGGCGAUGGUUCAUAAGUUAGCUCCAGCAGCAAGUCCAAUUACAAAGGGGUGCAUGUAAAAGUCAACAGAAUACAAAUCAUGAAAUGAAUGUCUCGUGGGGCCUGUGGAAAAAGGCCCUGGAGCGUUUUCAGAGAUGACACACAAAGCAGGAGGAGUGCGUAGGAAGAAAGCACAGAGUGUGUUUGGAUGGACAUGGAGGACUAUGGGCCAGGUUGAGUGUUUAAUGUUCAAGUGUUUGCUGUAGUCUAUUGCAAAAAUGGUAGCUAUUAUUAUCUAGGGGGAAUGAAACAGGGUAGAAAAUAAAGAUAUAAAGCAAAUGUAUAAAGUAUUCAUAAAGACUGCCCCAUGGUUUAGCUUAGGUUUUGUAUAUUCCCCUCUGAAUUCUGUGUUGUCUAACAGGUGAAACAUUUUUUACUAAGGAAAGGGAAUAUUAAAUCUGGUCCUCAGGCUGUGUUUAGUCCUGAUGAGGACCUAUGCUGUGGAAUACGGACAUUUGGACAGGGAGAUGGGUGUACGUGUGUGUGUGUGAGCGUGCGUGUGCGUCUGUGCGUGCAUCUGUGCUUCUGUGUGUGCGUCCGAGUGUGUGUGGUGCUGAUCGGAAGCCAAAAAGCUGGGUCACAUCAAGGACGAGAGACAGCCGGGAUCGUCCCUAUCUGUAGUAGACGUGGUGCUGGGCAAAAUUCAAUAUGCAGACACACUGGCACUCUCAUGCACCAUGGAGGAAUCUUGCAAUCCUGCACCUGAGAGGGAGAAAAACGACUACACUUCAUCUUCCAACACAAUGCCAGAAGGUUGUUUGUCUGUUUACUCUCAGUACAGUUCUGUAUGCUGGCUCAAGGCUUUUCCUCUCCCUUACAUCCACUUCUCUAGCUCCUCUCCCUAGCUCCCUGUGUCUUCCUCCCUCUCUCACUCACUAUCUCACUCUCUCGCUCUCUCUGUCUCUCUCUCUCUCUGUACCUAUACUGCUGCUUCUCUUUCUCUCUCUCUCUCUCGAUCUCUCGAUCUCUCUACCUGUACUGCUGCAUCUCUCUCUCUCUUUCUCUCUGUCUCUCUCUCUCUGUGUCAUUAAUGUUGAAGGGUGGCGGGCGUGUGCAGUCUAGCAGGUGUUUUCACUCUAUGUUGUCAUCUGUCCUACGUCCCCCCCAUCAUAUUUGAAUUGACAAGACCCUGACUUUGCACAUCCAACUGUCCAGUGGUGAGACACCACAGACACUCACACACACCCCUUUAGCUCCUCAUCUCCGAUGUGAUGCCCUUCAUCCCCUACCAAGGUCAAAGUGGCAGCCUUUAUGCGCUGCACGCAUAGUCACUGCAUGACUGACAGAGGUGACAAGGGUUGCGAUGGUGUGUAUGCAUGAAUGAGUGUAAGGGCAGUGUGUGCACAGGUUUAUGUUUAUUUGAGCUGUGGAUGACUGACUGUGUGUGUUUCCCUUGUGUCGAUAACUGACUCUGUUUCUGUGUGUAUCUGUGUGUACUUAUACACAUGGCUGUGGGUGAGUGUGACUGUGAGUAAGUGUGGGCUGUGUAUGUUGACCUGGUUAACACCGUGUGCAGUGAGGGAGGGUAAAGGCAGGGUGAUACAGGUUUUAGAAUCCAGGUGCUAAUUGAGUUGUAAAAAUGGGAAUUGAGUUGGGAAUAGGGAAUAGCGGCCCUCUGGUGUGUAACCUUCGCCGUGUUGUUUUCAGGUGCCAGCUUAUGCAUACAUCGUGUGUGUGUGUGUGUGUGUUGUCUGUGUGUGUGUGUGUGUGUGUGUGUGUGUGUGUGUGUGUGUGUGUGUGUGUGUGUGUGUGUGUGUGUGUGUGUGUGUGUGUGUGUGUGUGUGUGUGUGUGUGUGUGUGUGUGUGUGUGUGUGUGUGUGUGUGUGUGUGUGUGUGUGUGUGUGCUCUAGCAUGUGUCCCACCUGCCUUUGAGCCGAGCCCGGGUACUGAAUUAAAUUAACCUAAAUAAAGCGUACAGUGCAGUGCACUAAGAAAGAACAACUGAGGACGCACAGUAACAUUAUAGCCUACUGUGCAGUGUGGGACGUGCACAAAGCAUGGUAUUGGUUACAGUAUAUCCAAGGUUGUUUCAUAGAAAUAACCUUAAAGAGCGGCUUAACUCACCAAUUCUGCAUCUGAUUUUCUGCUGGUCAUAAGAAAAACAAGAUUUCAGUCUUGUGGGUGUGGUUCGAUGUGGGUGUGUUAUGUUCACUGGCAGUUACUGUUGUUUGUCCCUCUUGAGUCACAGUAGCAACAACAUAGCCACUACCACUUCCUCAAAAUAGUCAGAAUUAUUAUAGGAUAAAUAAGGAUAUAGGAUAUAGGCACUGCGUAAUGUGCAGGUCUGUCUCACUGUCUGGAUGUUCUGCUGCCAUGAUUGGCUAGAGCGCAAUCAGCGCAGCUAUUUUUCCAUGCAUGACAAUUCUCCCUAGGCGUUACAAUCCCGUGUUUGUGGGCAAGUGGGCAUGAUUGUAAUCCAAACCCAACCCUCAUGUAAGUUCUGACGACCUCAGUUACACAAAUCUCACAAAACUAUUUUUGGAAUAUACUGACUUUAUGACCAAAAUUAUUCUACUUACACUUUUUUGUGUUUCUGACUAAUAUCGAUGCCACAUUUUCAACCAGAUGAAUUUUGCAUUCAGUUGCCCUUUAACAAACACCUACCGCUGGUGACAUUUCCUAGGCCUUGGUUAUACAGUACAUUGGACACAAUGACUAAUGUCUCCCCUCCCCCAUGCAGUGAGAGGGACAGUCACAGUGAGUGGUAGUGAUGCUGAUGCAGCCAGUGUGUGCUUCCUUCCUGGGUUUCUUGGCCAGCCUAGAUAGCACAGCAGCAAGCAGCAAGCAGCACGCUAAUGUGAUUAUGGCUUUUAGCUGAGGAUUUUCAGGGACAUUCUCCAUCCCUCUCCAUCUUUCAAGUUCUCACUGUGGGAUGGCCUGUCCUUGCUGGUGACUGACACACUUAAAGCAGGUGCACACAUACUGGGCACACACACACACAAACACACUGUACAUGAGCACACACAAAAUAACUGUCUCAAAUGACCCUGAAAAAUGGUGGACCUUCAGACACAUACACACACACACUCAUAUUCAACGUAUUAGUAUUACUCUGUUUAGACUUUGUAUUCAUUUCAAUACUUAGGAAAAAUACAUCUCUUAAUUUACCAAUUCCAUUGACCGUCAUUUCCAUGCAUAAUUAGAUUCACUUUUUUUUUGCCAUUUGUUUAUGAGACCGUGACACGAAUUAGAAUGCCUGCACCUUUUCAUUACACUGUGCAAUCAAGCCAUGAUUCCACCAAGAGCCUGUGUUGAAAUUAAAAGUGUGAGCAAUUGGCCAUCAGAUGCUGCACUGCUUCCAACUGUCACGUUUCAGACCCCUCUCUGCCUGGAAUUACACUUGGCAAGCUUAGCGCGUAUUGUCUUAGCGCACCUCUUUGCAUUAAACAGACCAACCUCCAGGUUCUUCUUAACUCCUGACUGCACAGCGUUUCUUCUCAUAAGACACUGUUUAUUAAACCUUCGAGGCAAGACUGCAACAGCAGCAGCAGCAGCAUAGAGAUAUUAUGGACACGUUAGGAAAGAGAUAGAGGAGAUUGGUUGAAGAUCUAGCGAGGACUCAGACAGGGUUUUGUCUAGAAGGGAUAAAGCUUUUGUCAAAAUUGACUUUUCGUGACAGAUUUAGGAAAACUUACGCAGCAGGUUAGGAAAAUUAACGUAACAGGUUAGGAGAAUUAGGUUAAGGUUAAGAAAAGGGUUAGGGUUAGCUAAAAUGCUAAAUUUAGACAUGACCCUCAGACAGUGAGGGUGUCCUAACAUGGGCACCGUAAGGGUAGACUUGAUGCGCAUGCUGACAUUUGGCAGAGUUUGGAGGCACAGAGCUGGCGUCAUGCUGAGUAUAGACCUGCCUCAGGAUGUCACUGCUAAGAUAGCGCUGUAUGGCUGCUGUUAUCUUUGUUUGCAGAGUCAGUUGAUGCAAAUGUCUAAAAUAUAAUUCAAGGAGGGAAAGCUUCAACAGUACUGUAGCCUAGUCAUUUUGAAAAUAUAAGCACUUUAGGGCUAGGCGAUAUAUAGAAUGAAUUCAAUUAAUUUGAAUGUAUGUUUUAGCAUGAUAUUCCAAAUGCCUGUAUCACAAUAAAACAUUUUUUUAUUUUUUUUAUGAGCAUUUAUGUCCGCUCAUCUCCUUCGCUCCUUCUAUGCUGUGUGCAACUUGCCAUUGACACACACACACACCAAGCUCCUCCCACUGACACUCACAACAACAAAGAUGAGAGAUCACUUCUUCCUCUCUGACAAGCAGUUUCAACUGAGAAGGGUGCAAUUGUGGCCCGCAAUUUGGGGCUUUCCUGCAUUUGGCCAUUCCUGCUAGGGUUGGGCGGUAUCAGAUUUUCAUAUCGUCAUACUGUCCUUCUCUCAUCCCAGGAUUUAUGGUAUUACCGGCUUAGUACACAAGGGGGCGCCCAAAAACCAGAGAAAAAAAAGCCCAUUGGGUGUCUAUUACCAGAAUUCUAACAAAAUGAGCACAAAUAAUAGCGAAUUUCCAUGGAGGCUGCUAGCUAAAUAUGCUAACGAGCGCAAAAAAAAAAUAAAAAAUGCAAAGACAGGCAGUCCAGCUCAUAAAGUUAUACAUAUAGGUCGGAGCUACCGAAUGUCAUUUUUGGUGAGUUUGGACAUUUACAAGCGAAUGUGAACGAGAGACAGUACAGUACUAGCUCUGAAGUAGCAUACACACUGUGUCUGUGAGGAGUCUGGAGUUGCUAGGGUAACAGGCCUGCCUGCACUGCUCGAGAAGAUGGGUAGGAGCAGACGGGCCGAGAAUGGAGAGGAGAAAAAAUGCAAGGAAAUCAAAAAAUAGCAGUGGCAGCAGUACAUAUAACUCAUCCAAAGGGCUCUUUCUUCUCCAACACAGCAGAAAGCCAACACAAUAUGAUGCCCCGUCACCUUAUUAAUUCAGCCACUUACUUAGAUAACUAGCAAGUUAAACUUAGGGGUCGUGUUAAUGCAGAAUUCUUUGUUUUUCACGCAGGAAAAAAAUAUAUACAAUGCAUAAGAAAUAUCUUGCUGCGUUUUGUAAACGCAGAUCUAAAAUGCUUCUUAUUGGAAUUUCUGCUCGCAUCAGACUAAUUUUGUGCUUCAGUUGCACUUCUCCAAUCUGGAUGAGAAUUCACUGACAUUCUAUCAGCAGACACGCACUGAUGAUUGUAGCUACUUUUCUCUGGUACUUUUCUAGGUGUAGCCAGCCUACUUUUCUCCAGUAAAAUGCAAGAUUAACUUUAAGAAAAACAUUAGGAAAUGUAGCUGGCUACAUUCUUUCUAUGAUAAACAGACAUGUGAUGGCCAUGCAUAGUUUCAGCAAAAAGACAUGGCUUUUUCCUUGUAAGCUCAUUUAGCCUACUUGUGUAGCUGCCAGCCAAAUAGUGUUGCACUUCUGUUGUCAUCUGAUGAAAAUGAGGCUAUUUUCUGCCGAAUGUGUUGCACUAAUGUAUUUUCUGUGAAGGAAAACUGUAGUUGCACGUCCCUGAUCACUGAAGCAAAAAAACACUGUUGACUUUCAAUAUAAAAUGCUACCGCUGUCAACACACAGCUGGACUCACCUGCUCCCACUUUCUCCAUUUGUUGUAUUUACAAACAAACAUGUGAUUGGCUCAACUGUUCUGAGGAACUAUGGUAAGCUUCAUAAUGUAAAAUAAAAUAAUGUGACAGGUGAAAUGAAGAACGCAAUCUGCUUUAUCUUCUAACAUAUUGCACAAGUUGACUUGAAUCCAGAAUAUCAAAAGUGUCACACAAGCAUAAAGAUGGCGUGCUCGAUUGCAGGAACCAGUGGGAUGCUCGAGGCGUUCCACAUGCAGGAAUGCCCCGAAUUGCUGGCUGCAAUCACACACACAAGUAUUUACUUAGCUACUUAGUAGCUACAAAUAUUAAAAUGUAUAGAAAAACUUCUAAGAAAUAAGAAAUAGUUUCAAAGUUAUUGACGGUAUUGGAAAACCAUCCUGUGGCAAAUUUCCAAACAAAUACCCCAGUCCGGUAUACGGUAUAUAUGGUAUACCGCCCCAAACCUAAUUCCUGCAUCUGCAGGAACUCCUCUUUAUACUUCUAUAGGUACAUUAUUUUGCUAGGACUCCAGUACACAGCAGGCUGGAUAGGUAGCUAGCUAGCUAACAAUAGCUAGGACACUAGUAGACAGUGUCCUUCGACCCCACCUGUCAGGCACUGCUUUCCCACAGUGCUGUUAACGACGGCGAGGGCAGGUCUUCGGCGAGUGGGAGCAAAGGACACUGUGUGCUAGCUAUUUAGCUAGGAGGACUCCGGUACACAGCAGGUGGGAAGUGGGGGCGACGUCAGUAGCUAACUAGCUAGGUCAUCGGUAGACAGUGUCCUUCGCCCCCGAAAAAUUCUGAUAAUACUUUUAUUUCCCUCUUGACCCACAUUUUAAUCGCAUAGAGAAUCAGGGGGAAUCCAGAAUAUCAAAAGUGUCACACUAGCAUAAAGAUGGCGUGCUCGAUUGCAGGAACCAGUGGGAUGCUCGAGGCGUUCCACAUGCAGGAAUUCCACGAAUUGCUGGCUGCAAUCACACACUAUUUUUUCAACUCGCUAUUUGCAUUUGAGGAAUCAGUCAUAUGGACACCAAAACACAUUGAGACAUUAUUUUACUGUAAUAGAAGAGAAGUUAACCUUUCUAAUGAUUCCCUUUUUAGGUCUCAACUCCUCAAAUUGCGUGCAGAGCUGACACUACUAAAACGGGAGUACAAUGAACAUUGAUUCUGGAAAAUCAAUGCUCAGUUUGUCACGCGUGGCAUUGCGGUACCAUGUACCCCUAGUAGCAUUUUAGCCAAAGACUGUAAUACUAGAAGUCUAGUCUGUGUUUUAUAAUUGUGCAAUAAGCAUAAAACAAAGUGGACACGCUAGCAUGCUGUUCAAACAGUUGGAGACGGACAGAAGGAUGUGUUCAUGACCAUUCAACUGUUCUACCUUGUUAUCUAGCAAAUAGAUCCAAGUUGGCUAAACUUGAAAUAUAAAGAUUAGCUGGCUACUCACUAGCACGUGGGCUUGUGCUUGAGAGAUUGUCUAUAAAGUUAGUCAUUAUUAGUGAAUGUGUAUUAUGCAUGGUUCUGGUUACAUUUGAAACAAAAAGGGCAUUUUCAUAGACCCCAGUUUUCCAUUUAGUUUAAUGCCUGUGGUUGUGUGUAUCUUUCAGCUUGUGUGUGUUUGCGUGCACUUGUGUGACUGUCUUGGUGUGUGUGCGUGUAUUUGCAAGCAGGAUGAGCCACACUAUACGCAUCCCUCCUGUUGCCGUUGGUGUACCUUCAUUUCACGCUCUGACGCCCCUGUGUGAAUCCUCCUCUUCCCCCGGCUCAUUAUCAACACUGUUCAAUGAGACACACAUACACACACACACAAACACACAACCGGGGUGGGGGGGGGGCAAAACCAUAUCAUUAUUUAAAUAAUACAGGGGGUCAGUGAAUACGUUACAACACCUGUGUUUGUAUAUUUAUUACUUUCCCGUCACAAAUAACUAAGUAAACCGCCAAACACAUCCAGCCUGACCUGGAUCGAUGAGGUACUCAGCACCGCGGUGGCUGAGAUGCCAACCAGGGGAUUGGGGGAUUGAGAAUGUGAAUGGACCGUCUGUUGUUGUUAUAACGGCAUUAUGCUCACCCUCCUCCCUCUCUUCUCUCAUUUUCCUUGGCAGGGCCAAGUGUGCAUGGAGCCGAAUUCGGCCAACUGCCCGACAACAUUACAGUGCUGGAAGGAGAGAGCGUCAUUCUGAGGUAACUCUUUGAUCCUACACCUGCACUGACUAAUUACAUGUUCAAAUUGUUUUGUUUUUUACCUGUCAUCAUGCUGACUUAAUUGCCAAUUCACUGUCAUAGAAACCCCAUGAGGUAUACCCCAACUAGGUUGAAAAAUGUUCCUCAGCAAAAUAGCCAUUUUGUCAAUAUCCUGGACUUUGAGGCCUUCAUAAAGGCCUACUGUAUAUGAACAUUUGAACUAUUAAACCCACUGUCAGGUGUCAUUCCAAAUCUGGUCACCAUCACUGUCACCUCAUAUUACCUAGCCCUAGAACCAUAGACCGCCACAGGCUCCUUUAGUUGAUAUAUGAUGCCCUUUCAUACUUACAGGCUCACCUGUUCAUUGCAUGGGCAAUUAAAGGCAAUAUCACUGGCACAGAUGAGACCUAUUCACUGGAGGCCGUGUGAUCUACCUCACAGAGAUUUUUUUACCCUGGCCACAUCAAUUAAACAUAAGCACUCAGGCUUAUCCUCUCCUGGCCUUGUCCCCAGCUGAAGCUUGUAAGGACAUCUAGUGGUGAAGGACAGUACUUCAGUCAUACUGUCACCAAACAUUUCUAGUUCAGAAACUGAGAGAAAUUACAUUCCAAACUCAAAAUAAUAUUUGUAUUGAUAUGUACAUAUAGACUGAGUGUACAAAACAUUAGGAACACCUGCUCUUUCCAUGACAGACUGACCAGGUGAAUCCAGGUGAAAGCUAUGAUCCCUUAUUGGUGUAACUUGUUAAAUCUGCUUCAAUCAGUGUAGCUGAAGGGGAGGAGACAGGUUAAAUAAGGAUAUUUAAUCCUUGAGACAAUUGAGACAUGGAUUGUGUAUGUGUGCCAUUCAGAGGGUGAAUGGGCAACACAAAAUAUCUAAAUGCCUUUCAACGGGGUAUGGUAGUAGGUGCCAGGCUCACCGGUUUGAGUGUGUCAAGAACUGCAACGCUGCUGGGUUUUUCACGCUAAACAAUUUCCCGUGUGUAUCAAGAAUAGUCCACCACCCAAAGGACAUCCAGCCAACUUGACACAACUGUGGUAAGCAUUGGAGUCAACAUGGGCCAGAAAAUGGAGGCUGUUCUAUUUUUUUAUUUAUUUUUAUUUAUUUUUUUAGUCAUUUUAGCAGACGCUCUUACCCAGAGCGACUUACAGUUAGUGAGUGCAUACAUUUUCAUACUGUUCUGAGGGCAAAAGGGUGUGCAACUCAAUAUUAGGAAGGUGUUCCUAAUGUUUUGUACACUCAGUGUAUAUAUCCAGGUUAGUUGCAUUGAGAUAAAAUCUGGUUUUCAAGAUGGUCUUGUGAGGUAAUAGUAUAUUAAAGAAAGGAUAGUAGUCAAAAGAGUGGGCGAGUUUGUUUUCCAUUACACGGUGCCUGGGGUACAUGUAGGUGGAGAUUUCACUUGGAAUGAACUUGCCCAGUCUAAAUUGCUUGAGCUUAUACCAGACAGUUCUGAAAAACUAUUACUAAUCUACUCUAGUGUUAUGUGAAUUAUUUAACAAACUAUUUCAGUGUCUCUGUGCGUCUCCCAAAAUCAAGAAACGGACAGAGUCCCGGUCUGCAUAGUCAGAGAUGUAUUCAUUGAGAAUUCUGCCAUCACAAUUUCAGAGUCCAUCUUUUAUACUCACACGUCAUACAAAAAUCCCCCCUCUUUAGGCGGGCUGUAGUUUUCCACUUUAAAACUGCUCUCCUGACCAUCAGUUCACACACACACACACACACACAUAUACACACACACACACACAUACAUACACACACACACACAUGCAUACACACACACACAUACAUACACACACAUGCAUUCCGUAGUUAUCGCUGUCCUCAUACUCCUUAAAAAGCCUAACCGUUUCUCUCCUCCCUAAAUUGGGAGGCCUCUUUAUCUUGGUUUCUCAGUUGUCUGUAGACAGUUCUCCUUGUCCUUUGUUGUCUGGUCUAACUCUUACUCACGUUGCUAAAUAGUAGCUCAAUGUCAUAAUCUUUACUGGUCCUACACUCACACAUUCUAACACAUUUCACACAGUUUCAGGGUGUAAUAAUUAGUCAUUAAUAAUUAUUCUAUCAAUCCACCCUCUGACUAAAUAUUACACACAUACUCACAAAAGAUAUGUUGUUAUAGAAAUGAAUCACACACAUUGAAGCAUAUAAGUUGAUUUGCAUAUAAAAAUGUCUCAUUCAAUACAGGUUCAUCAGGGUUACCCCAUGAUUAAAAGUGUAACGUUACUCUUUAGCAAUGGUACCUAACCUGUUUACCCACUAUCUGGAAACAACAGUCUAAGCCUAUAGUGAAGAACAUUUGCUUCAUCACAUCCUGCAACAUCGGUUAACUAGUACAUCAUACUUAAAACAAGACUUUAAUACACAAAAGAUCAUUACAAUAACUUUUAAACUAGAGAUUUAUAGUUCUAGGAAAACAUCCAGUCUCAAACUAUCUGAAUCGUCGUCGUCCUCCACCAAGCCUGGUGGGUCAUAUUCUUCAUUCCUUAGGUCGGAGUCAGGGAUUGGGCCGUAUCUCACCAUCUGUUGGGAAACUGCAUACUCCAACGCCUUGCUCACCAACCCUCGGACACAGGGAAUAAGACAACAUCCACAAAGAACAAGCAUACCCAUAGACGCGAUUGCCGCGCCUAAAAUAGUUACAACAAUAGUUUUCCAUUUACCAAACAUGUUAUCAAACCAACCAGUCAUUGAUGUAUUCACCCCCAAGUUCUCAGCCCAUUCUUUACUCAAUGCAGUGAGACCUGCCAGUGCUCUAGUUACUGUACCAUCUGGGGCUGUAUUGUUGGGGAUAAACAUACAACAAUGACCUCCCACCAUCUUGUAAAUCCGCCCUUCUCUGCUAAAAGCAUUUCGAGAACCAAACUAUUCUGCAGGUCAUGAGUGAGGUGGCGGAUAGUUGGCCUGAGAUUCUCUUCACUGCAUCCCUUGUCUAAUUAACAAACCUUUGUAGAUGUAAUUAAUCCAGUCAACAUUUUUAUCAAUUGUAACCCACCAGAAAAACGUUGUUGUAAACCCUUCUCCAAUUUGAUCUGUGAUUCACAUUACUUUGGUGUCUAUAACAUUGAUAAUCUCAGGGGGUCAUGGUGAAUUGGGGUGCCUUAAUAUUAUCCUUUUUAAGAGUGGUUAUUUUAAUAUCAGAACAAUUAGGUGAGGUUUGGUUUGAUCCCAAAUCUAUCACACAAGAGAACAUUGUCUGAGGCAUAGGUGCAGUUAGAAGGGUUGGCCUACCUGUUGAACAGGCAUAACAAUUAGUUUGACCCAACACCCUAGCUGUGUAGUUCAUUCACCUUACCCAGAAGUUCUCAUUUGAAAUUCCUUCUACUUCUCCUUGGUUCAUUUCCUGCAAGAGGAACUAUUCUACCCUUGGUGGUUUAGUGCUUUUUAGGAUUCCUUCUGAGGGCCUUCCAAGGUGUAUUAGACUAGUUUUUGGUACCUCUGGUGAUAACAUUAGAUCUACCUGCUGUUCUGUCUCGGGGGUGGAAGAUUCAUUUCUCUCCUGAAAAAUGAACCUCAAACAUAUAUCUGCCCCAAAAUCAUCAACACAGGCCCAAUAGUUCCUUGCUAUGUCAUCUUGUAUAAUGGACUUUACCGUUAUCACCAGUUCCAUUUUACAUUUAUCAUGGGUUUGUUUAAUUCCCCAUCGGUGUACUGCGUCCAUCCCAUUCUCAUAGGAUGUUCCCCAGGUAUGUUUAAACACCCUUGCCCAAGGACAUGAGCGUUCCCCAGUGCAAAUAUAUUUACCAUACCUUCUAGGACCUAACUUUCUUGUACACGCCCCCUUCUUACCAAAGCCCCCAAAACCUCCUAUCUCUUCAUGGGAUAAGUCGAAUGCUCUCUUGAAUCCCCCAUCUUGUCCUAAACUGACGUUAACUAUAAAAUAAUCAUUCCCCCAAUAGUCUUUCUUGGUUUCAGUAUUUCUACGAGAUCGAAUCAGUGCCUUGGUAUUAUUUUGUUCAUAAUUUCCCUGUUUAGGUUGACCUGGAUUAAUCCAUAAUAUGGUUAACAUGAUGAUGCAGCUCAGAGUCCCCCAAAAUCCCAAAAACCGCCAUCCCAAUCCUGUCCCUGACCCAUCUGCCUGGUACUUCCCCAUACCCACACCUCUAUAAACACCCCACAGUGAUGAAAGGUCGGGGUAGGGUUUCUUCGUUAACAGAGUUUACCCCCGAACCCUAGUGGGUCAGUUCUUCUCUUUAACUCUGUGUGUGUUCAACGGUGCUGGUAUGUGGGCCUACCUUUUUGCAGUGGGUAACGUGGACCCAAGUGGCUCUCUCAGCUAUUCUUAUAGCGAAGGCAGUUACCAAUAGGACUUGGUAUGGUCCCUCCCAGCGUGGGUGCUUUCAAUCCUUUUUCCUCAACGAUUGGAUCCACACCCAGUCUCCAGGUUAUAUACUAUGAAUCACAUUCUCCUUUAAUUCUCCUGUAGGACACAAAUUCUUAGACAUACGGUUAACUAACAAUUUUCUCAUGUGUUUUGCUAGUGUAUUCUCUAGUUCUAUGUCUGCCUGUUCUGGUUCUGCCAACUGUGGCAUUCUGUAAGGUCUUCCAAACACUUUCUCAAAGGGGGAUAACCCAUCUUUAUCUGGGGUUACUCUAAAUUUAUUCCCUUCACUCUGUGAUAAGUCUAUAAAAUCAAUUUCCAAUUGCUGGAAGGGGUACUUAGCCGGAGGAUACUGACCCUGAGGUGCCCUUUGUCUGCCCUGGUGAUUAUUUUGAGCACAGAUAACACAUCUUGAACAAAAGUUUUAAUUUAAUUAUUUCUUUAUUUUUAUAACUAGUAAUCCCAUAUGCAACAAAGUGUUGUCUAAUUUGCUCUACCAUCCCUCCCUCCCGUUGACACAUGGCUCUGCCCGUGUGUCAAUAUUGCAGCAUAUCUAAACAGUAAUUUCGGGAGAAUUGGUAAGCUGUCAUAUUCCUUCCUUAUUUACUGCGCCUUGCUUCACCCAUCUGUAAACUUCCUUAAUUGGGGCCCUACUGUGGCUCUCUAUAAGUAGAUCUCUAUCUAUUGAAACUUCCUCUUUUGACAGCUGACUGGGACCAGAGAAGUGUUUUAAUCCUGCUGACAACAUUUGAUAAUACCUCAUCUUACUUCUAUCCCGUAAAAGUAAUCCAAGAUUAGUACAAUUUACUAGCAACAGGUAUCCCUCAUUCAGGGAAAGCUCUCUCUCUCUCUUCUGUUAUUUUAUGGUUCGAAUCAUAAAUAUUAUUACCAAAUUAUAAAUUUCUUCACACUUUUCACAGAACUAUAAAUUACCCUCAACUUGGUAAAAUAAACUAUCUGUGGAUGAUCAAUUAACACAAGAAAGUCAAAACAGAGUUCAGAGGCCAUUGAAAUCAUUCAACGAACUGUUCCAUCCCAUAGUAUACUAAACAUUACCAUCAUCCUAAAUAUUUCAUAAAUGUUACUUAUCCCAAGUGUUCAUUAAGUCCUCAUGACAUUUAUUCUCAUAAGAAAUCAUGUAAACCCUAAACUCAGUCAAAACCGAAAAACUCCAUAAAAUUCACUGUGUGUGCUCCUUUAAGACUUAUCACCUUUGACCUGUUGAAAAACCCCUAAAAUUGAAAUAACAACCCUUUCUAAACAUCAUACUAGGUGUGUUGUUUUUAAUUUAAAAACCCAAUUGAAAAACAACAACCAAAAAUAGCCAGACCCCACUUAAUUUGGUAGCUCACUUUUACGACCUAAAUACUGCCUAACUCCACUAAACCGCCCCCCCUAUCCCUGGGCAAUAUUCCAAUAAGAUAAGCGAAUCUCUUUCUCCUGGAAGAGAAAUUAUACAUUUUGUUAACCUUCAAUUACCAUCAGUAAUCUACAGACCUGUAACUUCUUCUUUAAGAGGCUCCUCUGUCCUCCACUCGUUACCUGUAUUAAUGGCACCUGUUUGAACUUGUUAUCAGUAUAAAAGACACCUGUCCACAACCUCAAACAGUCACACUCCAAACUCCACUAUGGCCAAGACCAAAGAGCUGUCAAAGGACACCCGAAACAAAAUUGUAGACCUGCACCAGGCUGGGAAGACUGAAUCUGCAAUAGGUAAGCAGCUUGGUUUGAAGAAAUCAACUGUGGGAGCAAUUAUUAGGAAAUGGAAGACAUACAAGACCACUGAAAAUCUCCCUCGAUCUGGGGCUCCAUUCAAGAUCUCACCCCGUGGGGUCAAAAUGAUCGCAAGAACGGUGAGCAAAAAUCCCAUAACCACACAGGGGGAUCUAGUGAAUGACCUGCAGAGAGCUGGGACCAAAGUAACAAAGCCUACCAUCAGUAACACACUACGCCGCCAGGGACUCAAAUCCUGCAGUGCCAGACGUGUCCCCCUGCUUAAGCCAGUACAUGUCCAGGCCCGUCUGAAGUUUGCUAGAGUGCAUUUGGAUGAUCCAGAAGAGGAUUGGGAGAAUGUCAUAUGGUCAGAUGAAACCAAAAUAGAACUUUUUGGUAAAAACUCAACUCGUCGUGUUUGGAGGACAAAGAAUGCUGAGUUGCAUCCAAAGAACACCAUACCUACUGUGAAGCAUGGGGGUGGAAACAUCAUGCUUUGGGGCUGUUUUUCUGCAAAGGGACCAGGACGACUGAUCCGUGUAAAGGAAAGAAUGAAUGGGGCCAUGUAUCAUGAGAUUUUGAGUGAAAACCUCCUUCCAUCAGCAAGGGCAUUGAAGAUUAAACGUGGCUGGGUCUUUCAGCAUGACAAUGAUCCCAAACACACCGCCCGGGCAACGAAGGAGUGGCUUUGUAAGAAGCAUUUCAAGGUCCUGGAGUGGCCUAGCCAGUCUCCAGAUCUCAACCCCAUAGAAAAUCUUUGGAGGGAGUUGAAAGUCCGUGUUGCCCAGCGACAGCCCCAAAACAUCUCUGCUCUAGAGGAGAUCUGCAUGGAGGAAUGGGCCAAAAUACCAGCAACAGUGUGUGAAAACCUUGUGAAGACUUACAGAAAACGUUUGACCUGUGUCAUUGCCAACAAAGGGUAUAUAACAAAGUAUUGAGAAACUUUUGUUAUUGACCAAAUACUUAUUUUCCACCAUAAUUUGCAAAUAAAUUCAGUAAAAAUCCUACAAUGUGAUUUUCUGGAGAAAAAAAAUCUCAUUUUGUCUGUCAUAGUUGACGUGUACCUAUGAUGAAAAUUACAGGCCUCUCUCAUCUUUUUAAGUGGGAGAACUUAAACAAUUGGUGGCUGACUAAAUACUUUUUUUCCCCACUGUACAACAGAGAUCUCCUAGUGAUCUUAACCGUCAAUUAUAUUAACACUCUCUUCACUUCACACCCCUCCCUGUAUUUCUUUAUCCCGGAUUAUUUGUUGAACAUUACUGUUCUAUAAUCUACUACAGGUUCACUGAAUGCAGGGUAGUUUAUUUUGGUAAUGGCCUAUUACCGUGAAUCGUUACGGACCCACCCUGAGCAAUCCCAGACUGCCCCAAUUAAUGAAUAAAGACUACUGACCUUAUCCUUGCAGCCGAGAUUCAAUGUAGGCUUGGAUUCCGUCACCGUCUCUGUCAUUAAUCAGGUGUCCUCUGGCCUGUCUAAACCCUUAAUGUCAAAGGGCAGGACUUUCUAUUUACGAAUGUAUCAUUCGCCCGUCGACGGUUUUCAGAGUUACCUGGAAUGACAGAGGCAGGUAUUGGAUUCCGGCUCAGAAGGACCAAGCUGUUAUGUGAAUUAUUUAACAAACUAUUUCAGUGUCUCUGUGCGUCUCCCAAAAUCAAGAAACGGACAGAGUCCCGGUCUGCAUAGUCAGAGAUUUAUUCAUUGAGAAUUCUGCCAUCACAAUUUCAGAGUCCAUCUUUUAUACUCACACGUCAUACAAAAAUCCCCCCUCUUUAGACGGGCUGUAGUUUUCAACUUUAAAACUGCUCUCCUGACCAUCAGUUCACACACACACACACACACAUAUACACACACACACACAUACAUACACACACACACACACACAUGCAUACACACACACAUACAUACACACACAUGCAUUCCGUAGUUAUCGCUGUCCUCAUACUCCUUAAAAAGCCUAACCGUUUCUCUCCUCCCUAAAUUGGGAGGCCUCUUUAUCUUGGUUUCUCAGUUGUCUGUAGACAGUUCUCCUUGUCCUUUGUUGUCUGGUCUAAAUCUUACUCACAUUGCUAAAUAGUAGCUCAAUGUCAUAAUCUUUACUGGUCCUACACUCACACAUUCUAACACAUUUCACACAGUUUCAGGGUGUAAUAAUUAGUCAUUAAUAAUUAUUCUAUCAUCUAGACCUUUUCAAAUGUUAAAACAAUACCACAUUAUAUGUGCACGCGCAACCAAGAGGUUCAACCAGAAACAUCCCACUGGGCACAAACUGGUUGAAUCAACGUUGUUUCCACGUCAUUUAAAUUAUACUUGAAAUAGACGUUGAAUUAACAUCUGCACAGUGGGAUCCUGCACUGCAGCACGCCAUAAUAGAUAGCUAGCUAGUUAAUUGACAAGUUCAUAUUUCUUGAUCAAACCAAAAAAACGAACAAAUGAGUUAUAAACACACAUUGAUUUGUUGCUACCAGAUCCACAAAACAAAAUCGUCAAACAUUUAUUUCCCGUUUAUUAUCCAUAUGCUCUGGUGGUGUUAGCUACAUUUGGCUAGCACAGCAAAUAACCACAGAGCUAGCGUGAUGUGAAGGUAGGGGAAGAUCAGCAUACCUCGAUAGCCAGUUAGAUAGAUGAAUUUCUCUCACGACAGCCAACAAUAUAACUAAACUAAAUGUAGCUAGCAUACGAGUCCAAUGUUUGAAGGCCACAUUGUAAACAUCAAAAGUUAGGUAGCAGCAGUAAUUACCACUAUCAGCCCCUCUCUCCCCCCUCACCAAUCUGUCACUCCUAGCUCUUCACCUGCUUCCUCCAAACGGAACUAUAUUUUACCCAGGUGUAUUGCCCAGUUAGUUUCAAUUAAGAAACAUACUGUAUUUUUUAUGAACAGCUACCUUGUGCUAGGUAUGUAUUAUCAACGUUACAUUACAAGACCUAGCUAGUGGUUUGUUUACAUGUAGUAAAACGAAACUAUAAUACAAAUGCUAGCGCUGACACUUUGUGGUGAUAAUAUUGAACUGCACAUUACAACAGGAUGAUCAACAUGUAUUUUGAAAUUAAAUCAAAUUAACCGUAAAAUAUUAUUUUCUGCACACCCUCAUGAUAGUGGUAUUUGCUAGUAAUGUCUCUCUCCUGUGCAUGUCAUCCUUAAAGCUGCAAUAUGUAACUUUUUGGCGGUGCAAUUUCUGCAUAUUGCAACUUUAAGGCCCACCUUCAUUACAAGGGUAGGGGAUGCACUAAUCGAUUUCAUGAUGCAUGUAACUAAUGUCUAAUGAAAAAGGAGGUAACACUUAAUUUUAAGGGGUCCUUAUUAAAGUGUAAUUACAUAUGUAAUUACACUGUAACAAGUAUUCUAAUUAAUUGUAAUAAUUCAUUGUUACACUGUAUUAACAACAUGUAACUGGUGGUAAUUGCAGUCUGUAAUUACAUGGAUGUAACAACGAAUGCUUGUUACCGUGCUUGUUUCAAAUUUCAAUGUUUCCGAUAACAUCCCAACUCACCAUAUUUCAGCCUGCACAAACCACAUGAUAAGUGUUAGCAAAUUGAAAACUGACCACCUCAGUGAUCCAACUCUGCAAUAAAGGGCUCUGGAGUCUAAUGCCCAGGCCCAAUGGCAAAAACGGAUUCACAAACAGUUCACAUAAAAAAAAACUUUAAAUUGGUAAAUAAUUUAACGGUGUAUUUGUUGUUUUUAGCAGAUCAAGCUAAUGGUCUCGAGACCACAUUUUGAGUGUCUCGGUCUUAUCUUAUUGUCGGAUACAUUUGUACUCAGUCUUGACUCGGUCUCGGACAGUGAGGACUCUUAAUUUCUUCCUGAAACCAGCCGAGACCACCGGAGUAAAAAACUCAAAACUAUCAGCUUCCAUUCAGUAAGCGCACAAAUCCGCUUCGCCAGGCCAAAUAUAUACACUCCUUUCUUGAAACAUUAAUACCUGAACAGUAUUAUUAUGCAGACAAUAACAGUGCAUUUGGAAAGUACUCAGACCCCUUGACUUUUUCCACAUUUUGUUACGUUACAGCUUUUUUCUAAAAUUGAUUAAAUAGUAUUUUUUUCUCAUCAAUCUACACACAAUACCCCAUAAUGACAAAGUCAAAACAGUUUUUUAGACAUUUUAGCAAAUUAAUAAAAAUAAAAAAUUUAAAUAAGUAUUCAAACCCAUUACUCAGUACUUUGUUGAAGCACCUUUGGCAGCGAUUACAGCCUCGAGUAUUCUUGCGUAUGACGCUACAAGCUUGGCACACCUGUAUUUGGGGAGUUUCUCCCAUUCUUCUUUGCAGAUCCUCUCUGUCAGGUUGGAUGGGGAGCGUCGCUGCACAGCUAUUUUCAAGUCUCUCCAAAGAUGUUAGAUCAGGUUUAAGUCCAGGCUAUGCUGGGCCACUCAAGGACAUUGUCAGAGACUAGUCCCGAAGCCACUCCUGCAUUGUCUUGGCUGUGUGCUUAGGGCCGUUGUCCUGUUGGAAGGCGAAUCCCAGUCUGAGGUCCUGACUGCUCUGGAGCAAGGUUUUCAUCAAGGAUAUCUCUGUACUUUGCUCCGUUCAUCUUUCCCUCAUUCCGGACUAGUCUCUCAGUCCCUGCCGCUGAAAAACAUCCCCACAGCAUGAUGCUGCCACCACCAUGCUUCACCGUAAGGAUGGUACCAGGUUUCCUCCAGACGUGACACUUGGCAUUCAGGCCAAAGAGUUCAAUCUUGGAUUCAUCAGACCAGAGAAUCUUAGUCCUUUACGUGCGUUUUGGCAAACUCCAAGCGGGCUGUCAUGUGCCUUUUACUGAGGAGUGGCUUUAGUCUGGCCACUCUACCAUAAAGACCUGAUUGGUGGAGUGCUGCAGAGAUGGUUGUCAUUCUGGAAGGUUCUCCCAUUUCCACAGAGGAACUCUGGAGCUCUGUCAGAGUGACAAUCGGGUUCUUGGUCACCUCCCUGACCAAGGCCCUUCUCCCCCAAUUGCUCAGUUUGGCCGGGCGGCCAGCUCUAGGAAGAGUCUUGGUGGUUCCAAACUUCUUCCAUUUAAGAAUGAUGGAGGCCACUGUGUUCUUGGGGACCUUCAAUGCUGCAGAAAUUUGUUGGGAUCCUUCCCCAGAUUUGUACCUCGACACAAUCCUGUCUCGGAGCUCUACGGACAAGUCCUUCAACCUCAUGGCUUGGUUUUUGCUUUUACAUGCACUGUCAACUGUGGGACCUUACAUAGACAGGUGUGUGCCUUUCCAAAUCAUGUUCAAUCAAUUGAAUGUACCACAGGUGGACUCCAGUCAAGUCUUAGAAACAUCUCAAGGAUGAUCAACAGAAACAGGAUGCACCUGAGCUCCAUUUCGAGUCUCAUUGCAAAGGGUCUGAAUAAGGUAUUUAUGUUUUUUAUUUUUUAUAAAUUUGCUAAAAUUUCAAAAAACCUGUUUUCACUUUGUCUUUAUGAUGUAUUGUGUGUAGAUUGAUGAGGAUUUGUUAUUUUUUAUCUAUUUUAGAAUAAGGCUGUAACGCAACAAAAUAUGGAAAAAUUGAAGGGACCUGAAUACUUUCCGAAUGGACUGUAAUAUCGACAUGUUUGCGCAGUGGCGAACCUAUUGGACCUAGGCCUUCAGUGUGUGACAGGAUAAUGAUGCUGAAAAGGCAGCAACAGUAAUACCAGCGCACUCAUUUGCACUUUUUGUAAAACACAGAGGCCCAGUGGUGUAGUGGAGGCUAUACGCAGGUUUAUGCCUUAUACCCACUUUUCUUUCAGUAUACUCACUUCUUAAUUCCCACUGAUGAGUAUCAAAGUAGUGGAGUGGAGGUAUACGACUUAUCAAUUAUGUAGUACAAUAGUGAAAUCAUGCACAAAGUAGCCUUCACAAUCGCAAAGCAUGUGAAGUAUAUUCACAUGCACUGGCAUGGAGCAGCUCACAGAAGAAUGUCAUCGGUAGCCAGUAGGGUAGGUAUGAAAGACGUUUCAACUUAUGAUUUCUACCAGUAAAUGCUAACUAAGGCAACAAUGGGUAUGCAAAGCAGGUAUUGAAAAAGUUUGGUCCGAAAUCUUGGUUAGUAGGCUAUUUGUGACGUGCAAUUCAGCAUUCAUCUUGCCAGGCCCACCCAAUCUAUUGAGCAAAAACAAAAAAAUACAUUAUUACAAAAAACACAGUUCCACUCACCAGAUGAUGAUCAUUUGAAACAACCCUUUCCUGCAGUCAAUUACCAAAAGUGCCCUCUUUGGCCUCAUGGGUGGAAUGUUUUCAUAUUUUUCAUAUUUUCAUAAUUAAUAAAGAUUAUAAAAAAAAUUAACAACGGAAAUCCGGUGUUUCUAUGUCAAACAGUUGUGUUAUAUUUCAGUCUUCUGUGAUGUAUAUAAGUGUAAUAUUGGGAUGCAAACAAAAAAAAUUAUACAUUUCAACUCUAUAUCUGACAUGGUACAGGUGUCUUUUUUAAAGCCUAUAACCAUGUGUGUGAGGUGUAUACUUUUGUUUGAAAGUAGAUUUGUUUAAGACUACCAAGAAUCACUCUGUGUGACCCUGAUUUAGCUCACUGCAGUAAAAGGUUAACUUCUUGUUGAAAGUUAUUAUUGAAAAGGGAGAAGCUAAAUCUGCUGCAGCCGCUGCAAACUAGCCUACAACAAAAGAUAGCUAGCAAGACUGUGGAAAAACUACUGUUCACUAUUGCGCAGUGACCUGUUGGCCUUUGAGAAGGCAGAAGUCUCCAUUUGUUGUUUUUAUAAAAUCGGUCCCACCCAAGUCAAAAUGUGAUUGGUUGAUUCCACUGUCACUCCAAAAUGUUGCCCUAAUACAGUUGAAUGGCAGAUGCCUUCUGUCUAGCUUCUGAUGGCCUAGCCAAUGGCUGACUUAGCUAGCUAGAUUUCCCCAGAGACCACCAAAGAAAAAUCCUGAUUGGAUCUUUUUUUAUCUUCAGUGAUAACCCUUUCCAUCAAAAACUGAAGAGAUUAAAUCAGAACAUCAUUGAAAAUAAUAAUAUAUUUAGAAUCAUAAUUAUUAUUAUUUUAUAAGAAGGCCCUCAUUGUUCCCCAAUGUGUUUGGGUUAGUAAUAAUUUGUAGAGUGGCUCCAUUUGCCCUCAGCAUGCAUCUUUUCACAAUUUUGAAUGUCUAAAGAAUCCAUAUGUUCUUCUGAAAUAUGAACACAGAAAUACUGGACAUUUUGAACUCUUAUUAUGGUGGCGAUUUGACAAAAUUACAAUCAUGGUCUUCAAUUGAACUCGCAUUUUUCUGGUCUCAGUCUUGAUUCAUUCUCGGACCCCUUGUCCACCUCCCAGUCUCGGUCUUGACUCGGUCUCGCCCGCCUUCCGGUCUUGGUCUUGACUUGGACUCGAUUUGCUCUGGUCUUGGUCUUGAAUCGGUCUCACUUUAGGUGGUCUCGAACACAACACUGGUUUGAGUCAUUAAAAAAACAUAUAUUUUGGUUGGCUGUCUAUCCUAUGUAUAUGUAGCUAGCUAGCUGACGUUACCUAGAAUAGAUGGUUAACUUAAUAAACAACUUACCCGUGUGCUACACAUCAUCCUGGAGCCGCCUCCUCCUGCUGCUAAUGUUACUUUCCAUGCAGGCAAUGCAGCCCGCUGUGAUGCUUCUUUGGGAAAUCUGUAAACUUUCAUUUUCAAAAAUAGAUUUGUCCCCAGUCAUAAAUUGGACCUUGAGAAAACAACUAGACUAAGUUAGCUAGCUUUUCUAGCUAGCCGUUUACAGCCGCGAUGGAACAGCUGUUUACAAACGCACCAGAAGUUCUUUGUGGUUCCAGGGUUCACUUCCGCUCCUCCUCAAAAAUGUCUAUGCUAUCUUUGUUCAUACAUAAGCACAUACAGACUCACCUCAAGGUAUGUAUGUUCCAUAGUUGCCAUGGCACCGUGAGGUUGCCUAGGCAGAGAGCUCUGUAAAUAUUGUACAUCAUUUUGUAAUUUUUGUUGCAUUUUUUAGUUGUAUUUUUACUUUUGGGUUUGUCUGCUGUGGGGGUUGAUCACUUACAUCUCGCGGUCUUGACUCUCAGAGUUGCAGAAUUGGGAUGAAAAGUCAUCUUUUUGUCUUAUAGUUAGCUAGCUAACUGGCUGUUUGAAUUCAAAUAAUGCAGCCCCGGCUUUAUUGCUUCAUCUGUCAGGAAGAAUCACAACAAGUACUGGAUGCUGUGUCCAGAGAUGGCAGAAGAGGCUCAGGGAUUGUUCUUAACCACUGCCAAGAUGUGGUGGCUUUUCGUGCACUUUUCAGCAGCUGUGGCAUCACCCAGGCAAUGGAGGACCAGUACCUACGGAGGGGCGGGUCCUAUGGAGGAGAAGCAGAUGUAGUGCACUGAUGAAGCGCUCCGGGCCUGUUUGUCAGACCGUCUUUGUUUCUCUCUGGCUGUACCAUCAAUGCCCCCUCCCUCCGCUGAAGCUACACUGCCUUUCCAAUCCAAACUGCCUCAACUCCCAGCCUUUCAUCAUAAGCCAAAUAGAGACAUUCAAUAUCCAUCUCUACCAUCUAACUUUAAAUGUGUUGUUUGUUUGUUUAGCUUUUUAUGCACUUUGAGAUUAUUUUCUGUAAUGAAAAGCGGUAUACAAGUUUAAGAAAUGAUUAUUAUUAAAUUAUCUGGGUCUUGUCUUGUCCGCUGUUUUCUCCCCCUCUAUCUCGAAGGUGUAAAAUCGACGAGGACGUGACCCACAAGGCGUGGUUGAACCGCUCAAACAUCCUGUUUGCGGGGACAGACAAGUGGUCGCUGGACAGACGGGUGUCGCUGGUCAACAGUAACACUAGUGACUUCUCCAUCCAGAUAGAGAAAGUGGAGGUAGCUGACGAGGGGCUGUACACCUGCAGCUUCCAGGCCAGCAACAAACCCCGCAUAGCCCACGUCUUCCUCAUCGUCCAAGGUGAGUCCCUUGGGACAUCUGGGUGGGGGGAAAGAUGGGGUAGAAUAAAACAUUUGCAUGUUUUAAAUCUCAUGCCCAAAUCAUCCCAGUGUCUGACAUUGGUUGCGUAUAUCAAUGAAUUUGUCAACGGAUAUUUCAAACAUGCUAAUUUGGGGUUACGAUUGGUGACAGCAGCCAAGGAAAAAACAAAAGAAAGCAUGGGUUUAUCUAUCUCUUUGUCCAAAGACUGUUUACAGCAGGGGUGUCAAACUCAUUUUAGCUCAGGGGCCACAUGGAGGAAAAUCUAUUCCCAAGUGGGCCGGACCGGAAAAAUCAUGGUAUACAUAACUUAAAAACAACAACUUCAGAUUGUUUUCUUUGUUUUAAUACGAUCAACAUACAACAUAAAGCUGGAGCCUGAGGACAGUGUGUCCAAAAUAGUACAAGCACAACAUCACUAUUAAUCAUAAAACACGUCAAGUUUAUUUGAAAAUUCUAAAGAAAAAGAACACACAAACACACAAUGCCUCAGUGAUUAACAGAACUGUUUCACAGAUCACAGAACUAUAUCAGGGUGUCAUUUCUCAGGCAGAAAUGUAGAUAAAAAUAAUGAAAUCCUGUUCCCCAAACAAGUGCAAGAACCACAGAGUCAAGAAUAGGUUAAAUAUACAAAUAAAAUAAAAUCAAUUAAAAACAAUAGCACAUCAACAUAAAAACAUAUAAACAUAAAUCUGAAAGCGUUGCUCAAACUCCCGUAACAGUCCAGUUAUUUUAUCUUUGAACCGCUUCAUGUCUGCCACAUGUUGGGUCGCGCACACAUUUUUCAGACAGAGGAAGUGAGCUGCAUCACCACCGGCAAGUUGCGUCUCCCACAAUGACAGCUUCAACUUGAAAGAACGUAUGCUGUCAUAAUACUGCGUGACAACUUUGUUGCGCCCUUGCAGCUGUUUGUUCAAGUUAUUCAGGUGCUCUGUAACAUCCACCAUAAAUGCAAGGUCCGGCAUCCAUUCUGCGGAAUGAAAUUCUAACACUGGUUUGCCCUUUUCUUCCAUGAACUGUUCAAUUUCUUCUCGUAAAUCAAAGAAACGCCUCAGCACAGCACCUCGGCUUAACCAUCUUACCUCAGUGUGGUAUGGCAGGCCAUAGAUGUGGUCUUUCUCUCUGAGAAGGCUGUCAAACUGACGGUGAUUCAGGCUUCUGGAUCGGAUGAAAUUAACAGUUUGGAUGAACACCUUCAUGACGUUAUCUAUCUUUAAUGACUUGCAACACAAAGCCUCCUGGUGCAAAAUACAGUGAAAAGUCCAAAAAUCACGUCCUCCAUUUGCAGAUUGCACUUUCUCUCUGAACUUUGUCACAACGCCUGCUUUUUUCCCGAUCAUUGAGGGCGCACCAUCUGUAGCCAGGCUGACAGCGCGGGACCAGUCCACUCCGACCCUGUCCAGCGCGCCGACGAGUGCGGUAAAAAUAUCAGCUGCUGUCGUUGUAUCUGUCAUCGGCACCAACUCCACGGUGACGGUCAAUGUGUCAUCAACUCCGCGGAUGAAAAAAUGGCCAGUUGUGCAACAUCUGUAAUGUCCGUGCUUUCAUCAAUUGCAACCGAAAACGAAUUAAAUGACUUUACUUUUUGCUUCAACUGGCUGUCCAAAUCCACUGAAAGAUCAGAAAUCCUGUCUGCAACUGUGUUUCUUGUCAGGCUGAUAUUUGCAAAAGCCUGCCGCUUUUCAGGGCACACAAUCUCCGCUGCCUUCAUCAUGCAUGUUUUUACAAAUUCACCCUCACUAAAUGGUUUUGAAGCCACUGUGAUUUCAUUAGCAAUGAGGUAGCUAGCUUUCACUGCAGCGUCACUGAUGUCUCGGCUGUGAGUAAACACAGACUGCUGUUUCUUCAGACCCGCCAACAGUUCAUUCACCUUCUCUCAUCUCCGCUGUCCUUGAAAGUUGUCAUAUUUGUCGGCAUGAAGACUCACAUAGUGGCGACAAAGGUUAUAUUCUUUCAGCACUGCAACAUGCUCUGAACACACCAAACAUACAGCUUUCCCAUUCAAUUCCGUGAUUAAAUAGGAUUACCAUUUUUCUUGGAACACUCUGCACUCUGCGUCCACUUUUCUCUUUUUUGACAGAGACAUAUUGGGGCAAUGAGGGUGCCAAAGCACAUAAUGUUAAAAGUAGAAGCCGUAAUAAAUAUCGCGGGCAAAACAAAGUAGCUCAUUGGCUGCACGUGCUUGACCUACUUGCUCUGCCCCGGUAUAAACAGUUUGCUUGCUUAACACAAUUGCUAUUGCGCCAUCAAGUGGACGCAAUUGGAACAGCAGUUUAUUUUAUUGAAAAAUUGCAGCGCUUUUUUAUACUUCAAAAAAAAAUAAAAAAAAAUAUUUUUUUUUCAUUUUUUUUUUCAAAAUCAUCUCGUGGGCCGGAUUAAACCCGUUUGCGGGCCUGAUCCGGCCCGCGGGCCGUACGUUUGACACCCCUGGUUUACAGGGUAAGGAAACAAAUAUGUAUUUAGGUGUAUUAGCCCUUUAAUUUGUUAUAUUUUAACAUGUUUACAGUACACACUGUACUUGGUUCUGUAAUGGGCAUGUACCACUUUGAACAUUAUUUACAGGAUUAUUUAUUCACCUCCGGGUUUUAGUCCAGCAAUUGUAAACACAACUUUACUUUUACUUUAGUUUAGUUUCCCAAAAAACUUUAAAGUGAUUCAAGGCCUUUGCUAGUGUUGUGCAGUGGAUGGAGCCUGGGACUGAGCAAAGAAAGCAGCCAACCGAGUCCUUAGCAACUGUGCCUCGAGCCAAUACAUUAGCACUGAUGCAAGCUUACCUCAGAACUGAGCGGGGUGGGUAGAUCCUGGGGUAAGUGGGUAAGACGAUAUGGGCGGCUGUCCAACUGCCUGACUGAAUAAUUGACAGUGCAGGACCAGGGCUGGGCCUAUCGUCAAGGCAACAGUGGAGUGAGUGAGAGUUUGACUGAUCCUGAGUGACGUGAUUUAUUGGCGCCCGGCUGCUCGGCUGAUGGAUUGCAGACCUUUUCCCCCUGCAUGUGUCAAUUGUUAUGUAUAUUGUAUGUUGUGUACUAGCAUAUUGCAGUAAUACAAGACUGGCGGAAAAAAAUGAAAAAUAUUAGGGUAUACUGUAUAUUAACUGGCCAACACACAUACACACACACACACCAUGCUGCUGCAGAGAUGGAGAGAGAGAGAGAGAGCUGGGCAAGUUUCAGCAGGCUACUGACUGUGUGUGUGUGUGUGUGUGUGUGCGUGUGUGUGUGCGUGUAUACAGUACGUGCAUGCGUGUGUGUGUGUACAUAGGCAGGGUGCAGGCAGCAUUACCCACAAGGCUAAGCCAGCCGCUCUCCAACAGACUGUUCACACAGUGCAGGCGCCAAGGAGAGGCAUUUAUCCACAGGGCAAAUGGGCACACAGAUGACCAUGUUUCCUUGAUUCCAAGUCGCCUCAAAUUUCAGUCUUAGCAGCAAUAUCACACAAACUAAUUACACCCCAGAGUCACUGCAUCAAACAGUGAUGGCCAUCAAAUCAAAUCAAAUCAAAUCUUAUUGGUCACAUGCGCCGAAUACAACAGGUGCAGACAUUACAGUGAAAUGCUUACUUACAGCCCUUAACCAACAUUGCAUUUAUUUUUAACAAAAAAAGUAAAAAUAAAACAACAACAAAAAAAAGUGUUGAGAAAAAAAGAGCAGAAGUAAAAUAAAGUGACAGUAGGGAGGCUAUAUAUACAGGGGGGUACCGUUGCAGAGUCAAUGUGCGGGGGCACCGGCUAGUUGAGGUAGUUGAGGUAAUAUGUACAUGUGGGUAGAGUUAAAGUGACUAUGCAUAAAUAAUUAACAGAGUAGCAGCAGCGUAAAAAGGAUGGGGUGGGGGGGCAGUGCAAAUAGUCUGGGUAGCCAUGAUUAGCUGUUCAGGAGUCUUAUGGCUUGGGGGUAGAAGCUGUUGAGAAGUCUUUUGGACCUAGACUUGGCACUCCGGUACCGCUUGCCGUGCGGUAGCAGAGAGAACAGUCUAUGACUAGGGUGGCUGGAGUCUUUGACAAUUUUUAGGGCUUUCCUCUGACACCGCCUGGUAUAGAGGUCCUGGAUGGCAGGAAGCUUGGCCCCAGUGAUGUACUGGGCCGUACGCACUACCCUCUGUAGUGCCUUGCGGUCGGAGGCCAAGCAGUUGCCAUACCAGGCGGUGAUGCAACCAGUCAGGAUGCUCUCGAUGGUGCAGCAUGUAGAAUUGUUUGAGGAUCUGAGGACCCAUGCCAAAUCUUUUCAGUCUCCUGAGGGGGAAUAGGCUUUGUCGUGCCCUCUUCACGACUGUCUUGGUGUGUUUGGACCAUGAUAGUUCGUUGGUGAUGUGGACACCAAGGAACUUGAAGCUCUCAACCUGUUCCACUACAGCCCCGUCGAUGAGAAUGGGGGCGUGCUCAGUCCUCUUUUUUUUCCUGUAGUCCACAAUCAUCUCCUUUGUCUUGGUCACGUUGAGGGAGAGGUUGUUGUCCUGGCACCACACGGCCAGGUCUCUGACCUCCUCCCUAUAGGCUGUCUCAUCGUUGUCGGUGAUCAGGCCUACCACUGUUGUGUCGUCGGCAAACUUAAUGAUGGUGUUGGAGUCAUGCCUGGCCAUGCAGUCAUGGGUGAACAGGAGGGGACUGAGCACGCACCCCUGAGGGGCCCCCGUGUUGAGGAUCAGUGUGGCAGAUGUGUUGUUACCUACCCUUACCACCUGGGGGCGGCCCGUCAGGAAGUCCAGGAUCCAGUUGCAGAGGGAGGUGUUUAGUCCCAGGAUCCUUAGCUUAGUGAUGAGCUUAGAGGGCACUAUGGUGUUGAAUGCUGAGCUGUAGUCAAUGAAUAGCAUUCUCACGUAGGUGUUCCUCUUGUCCAGGUGGGAAAGGGCAGUGUGGAGUGCAAUAGAGAUUGCAUCAUCUGUGGAUCUGUUGGGGCGGUAUGCAAAUUGGAGUGGGUCUAGGGUUUCUGGGAUAAUGCUGUUGAUGUGAGCCAUGACCAGCCUUUCAAAGCACUUCAUGGCUACAGACGUCAGUGCUACGGGUCGGUAGUCAUUUAGGCAGGUUAUCUUAGAGUCCUUGGGCACGGGGACUAUGGUGGUCUGCUUGAAACAUGUUGGUAUUACAGACUCCGUCAGGGACAUGUUGAAAAUGUCAGUGAAGACACUUGCCAGUUGGUCAGCACAUGCUCGGAGUACACGUCCUGGUAAUCCGUCUGGCCCUGCGGCCUUGUGAAUGUUGACCUGCUUAAAAGUCUUACUCACAUCGGCUACGGAGAGCGUGAUCACAUAGUCAUCCGGAACAGCUGGUGCUCUCAUGCAUGCUUCAGUGUUGCUUGCCUCGAAGCGAGCAUAGAAGUGGUUUAGCUCAUCUGGUAGGCUUGUGUCACUGGGCAGCUCGCGGCUGUGCUUCCCUUUGUAGUCUGUAAUAGUUUUCAAGCCCUGCCACAUCCGACGAGCGUCAGAGCCAGUGUAGUACGAUUCAAUCUUAGUCCUGUAUUGACUCUUUGCCUGUUUGAUGGUUCGUCGGAGGUCAUAGCGGGAUUUCUUAUAAGCGUCCGGGUUAGAGUCCCGUUCCUUGAAAGCGGCAGCUCUACCCUUUAGCUCAGUGCGGAUGUUUCCUGUAAUACAUGGCUUCUGGUUGGGGUAUGUACGUACGGUCACUGUGGGGACGACAUCAUCGAUGCACUUAUUGAUGAAGCCAGUGACUGAUGUGGUGUACUCCUCAAUGCUGUCUGAAGAAUCCCGGAACAUGUUCCAGUCUGUGCUAGCAAAACAGUCCUGUAGCUUAGCAUCUGCGUCAUCUGACCACUUUUUUAUUAACCGAGUCACUGGUGCUUCCUGCUUUAGUUUUUGCUUAUAAGCAGGAAUCAGGAGGAUAGAGUUAUGGUCAGAUUUGCCAAAUGGAGGGCGAGGGAGAGCUUUGUAUGCGUCUCUGUGUGUGGAGUAAAGGUGGUCUAGAGUUUUUUUUCCUCUGGUUGCACAUUUUCCAUGCUGGUAGAAAUUAGGUAGAACGGAUUUAAGUUUCCCUGCAUUAAAGUCCCCGGCCACUAGGAGCGCUGCAUCUGGAUGAGCGUUUUUCCUGUUGAUUUAUGGCCUUGUACAACUCAUUCAACUCAUCCAGCAUUGGUUUGUGGUGGUAAAUAGACAGCUAUGAAAAAUAUAGAUGAAAACUCUCUUGGUAAAUAGUGUGGUCUACAGCUUAUCAUAAGAUACUCUACCUCAGGCGAGCAAAACCUCGAGACUUCCUUAGUAUUUGAUUUUGUGCACCAGCUGUUGUUUACAAAUAUACACAGACCGCCACCCCUUGUCUUACCGGAGUCAGCCGUUCUAUCCUGCCGAUGUAGCGUAUAGCCCGCUAGCUGUAUGAAAUCCAUGUCGUCGUUCAGCCACGACUCAGUGAAACAUAAGAUAUUACAGUUUUUAAUGUCCCGUUGGUAGGAUAACCGUAAUCUUAAGUCAUCCAAUUUAUUUUCAAAUGAUUGAACGUUGGCUAAUAGGAUUGAUGGAAGAGGCAGUUUACUCGCUCGCCGUCGGAUCCUUACAAGGCACCCCGAUCUACGUCCACGAUAUCUCCGUCUCUUCCUCACGCGAAUGACGGGGAUUUGGGCCUUGUCGGGUGUCUGUAUGAUAUCCUUCGCGGCCGCCUCGUUGAAGAAAAAAUCUUCGUCCAAUACGAGAUGAGUAAUCGCUGUCCUGAUAUCCAGAAGCUCUUUUUGGUUAUAAGAGACGAUGGCAGAAACAUUAUGUACAAAAUAAAUUACAAAUAACGCGGAAAAACACACGUAAUAGUACAAUUGGUUAGAGGGCUGUAAAACGGCAGCCAUCUUCUCCGGCGCUGUCUUCUCUUCCAUGGUGGGGUAGCGAUGGCUCCAAUCUUUGCUUUAUCGCGAGAGUAUUUUCGCCUGGCCAGAUAGUAAAAAAUGGGAUCCUGUAGUUAGAUGCCUCGCAGAAAAACAGCCUCAUAGCCAAGCUCAUUAAAAGCAACAAUAAUGGGCCAUUUAAAUUCGAGGGUCAUCUAGUUAUCUAUCUAACUAUAUGUAUAGUGCCUGCUCUGGAAUGGCAAUUUAGAACAAAACAGCAUUUGAUGGUGGUCAUGCUGUGAAAAGAAACAAACAAAGCAACUACCAAAGACACAAACUUCUAGACCUGGUUUCCAUCCCUAUAUUCAACACCAAAGUGAAGAACAUUCUAUAGAUUUGUCUUAUUAUAAUAGUAGUCAGAGAAAUCAGUGUUUGUCAUUGUUAGUAUUGUUAUUUUGGUAACCCCUUACUUUUAUGCUUGUCAUUUCUGUUGAAUACAUUAUUUUUGGAGCUAGGGGUUCGAUUACUAGUGCAAACAGUGAGGGGAAAAGAGGGCAGCUUAGGUCUAGUUCCUCUUUUUGUCAAGUCAUGACUGUCAAUAAAACCCAACUCUUUUGUCUUGCAGUGCCAGCCAGAAUCGUCAACAUCUCCCAAGACGUGUCAGUGAACGAGGGGGGCAACGUAUACCUCUUCUGUCUGGCGGUGGGACGACCUGAACCCACUGUCACCUGGAAGGAGAACAAAUGUAAGACGCCCGUCCCUGUCUCCUGUCGUAGUACCCAGUCCUCAUGUCUCCUCUCCCAGUUGCCUGUCCCUUUCCCAGUCUCUGUCUCCUGUCCUCUGACCCUGUCAUAGUCUAUACUAACUAGUCCCUGUUCCCAGUCCCUUGUUUCUGUCCCCUGCCUGUCCCCUGUUUCUGUCCUUGUUUCCUGUCAUAGUCCCUGACCCUCUGUCCCAGUCCCUUUAUUUGUCCCAUGUCCACUGACACCUGUCUCUGUCACCUGCUCUUGUUACCAUUUCCAUCACACCCAGGCUGUGGCUGCUAGUACCCUCUCACACACAUCACACACACACACACACAGACACACACAUCACAUCACACAUAAUUAUCCACAAAUAACGCGUGCCAGCCACAAUUAUCAGCAUCUGUCACCAUCUUCACUGUCACUGCCUUCACCAUGGCAACAAUGCUAAUAAUGGUGUUUAUCAUUAGAACACUAUUUAUAUAUUCCAUCAUCAUUCAAAUAAAUCACAUUGGUUUCAAAUCAAAUCAAAUCACAUGUUUAGCAGAUGUUAUUGCAGGUGUAGCGAAAUGCUUGUGUUUCUAGCUCCAACAGUGCAGUAAUAUCAACAAUUCACAACAAUACACAUAAUACACACAAUCUUAAAGUAAAAGAAUGGAAUUAAGAAAUAUAUAAAUAGUCUAAUAAGCAAAGUCAUAUCCAUUUAGAUUUCUGACACCAUCGAUGGUAAGAUUUUGCAUUAUUUAUUUCAUCUUGAUGCAUCUCAUAGAAUGUGUUGAGCAUGUUGAAGUUACCCUGCUCGAUGUUAGAUAGGUUUAGCACAGUGUUACACUGUGUUACAGUGACCUACUGGGGGUGCAACAGCUUGGAAGUAGCUGGGAGUCCUGCUCCAUCUCUAUGCCCUGAGUAUACACACACCCACCCUGAAAGUACAUUAUAACCACUUGCUGUGCUUGUCUGCAGACAUACAGCAUUUAUUCAUUGUCAGCAGUAUACCCUCCCCCCCUCGUUCCCUCACACACACCCCUUCAGUUUGCAGUGUGAGAUAGGGCGGCAUUGUUAUUCUGUGGGAGUCACUGCAGCGAAGCCAUGGACUGCUGGGGGAGUGGUGGUGGGGAGGAGAGAGGGAGGGAAAGAGGAGCCUAGAGAAACAGUGAGAAGCUGCGAACCAUCUGUCCCUCUAUUCAGACAUGGCAGUGGGUGGGAGACAAAGUGGUAAGGGGGUAUCCCGCCUGUGUGUAGGGAGUUGGGACACACACCUUUAAGACAAUCCACCAUGCACCUGUCCCUUUAUUCAGACACUGCAUUGGGAGAUAGAUGAGCUGGCAACAUAAAUAGUUUUAAAACGUUUUGCAACAGAAAACGGCAGGUAGUCCCUCCCUGUGUCAGUCUAUUUUUUGCCAAUGGAUGCCUAAUGAAUACAACCCAGACGUGUACCACAGUGAGUCUGUGACAUGUAUACACUGCUCCUAGUAUUGCUCCUGCCCAUUUUAUCUCUCACUGAUACCAUCUCCAUCUCCCAUUCACACUCUUUCACAGACAUCAUCUGAACCCCCAUUAAAUCUGAGACAUCAAGCUCUUAUCAUUGGACAUCCCAUCCAUUAGACAAGACGCACAAACACACACACACACACAUACAUUAAUACAGACAAAUGCACUCACUCACACACUCCUCACUUAAUCGCGAAACAGCACGCCACAUCGAUGCUCUCCGGCCCAGCCACUCCAUCGCAUCAGACUCCAUUACUAUGGAUCUCAGUCAAACAGACAAUGUCUGUCAGAUGCUCCACUACCACUGUGAUACAACUAGAAAGAACCAGACCACCUCUGCUAGAGAAACACUCCACUGCAAUAGAACACAAAGGCUCUGAUUGAGUCUGACUGCUCAGUGCUCCAACAGUGUCAACAUGCUAUAGGGAAAUGGACUACAAUUUCACUUCAGGGCAGAUCUAAACUUUGAUCUCUUUCCAUUUAAUCAUCCGUCUGGCUUCCUCUUUUCCUCUCAGGUCUAAUCUAAGUGUUUGGUUGGUGGUGGGAGUCCAGGGCUGCGUCUUAAAUGGCACCCCCACAAAUCUCAGUCGACGCUGGCUGAGCACCCAACUCUGCCCCCGGGGAAGAAGGGAAAGCAAGGGAAGGGAAAGAAGCCAGAGAUCCAAAUCACUGAGACACAACUAGGGCUACUGAAGACAUAUUUAAAGAGACAGGCCUAAUAUAUUAUAGACAGCUUCUAGAAAGGAGGGAGGGAGGGAGGGAGGGAGGGAGGGAGGGAGGGAGGGAGGGAGGGAGGGAGGGAGGGGAGGGAGCAGAAGAGAGAGAGGAGAGAGAGAGGAAAGCAGAAGAGAUAGAGAGAGAGAGAGAGAGAGAGAGAGAGAGAGAGAGAGAGAGAGAGAGAGAGAGAAAGCAGAAGAGAGAGACAGAGAGAAAAGGAAAUGAGAGAAUAGAAAGAGAGAGUUGGCGAGAAAGAGGAAGACAAAAAUAAACAGAGAAAGAGAGAAACGGAGAGACAAAAAAAAGAGAAAGAGAGCGAGCGGUCGAAAUCUAAAUAAAGAGAAAGGGACGUCCAUUAUUGACAGCGACCCUGGAGCAAUGCCUUGAAAAAAUCUGUUGAUCUGCUACUGAGCAAGGCACUUAAAGCUAAUUGCUUCAGGGUCGCUGUCAGUAAUGGCUGAUCCGUGACCCCACUCUCAGGGGGAGUGGGAUAAGCAAAAAACACAUUUCCAUUUCAUACUUGUACAGGUUACACACUUGUACAUGUGUGAAACAUGACAAAUACAAGCACCCCCUAUUUUAUACUCUACUUUUAAUCAGAGCCCUAUGGGAGUCCUCUGGGUCCUGGUCAAAGUAAUGCAUUAAAUAGGGAAUAAGGUACCGUUUCUGAGGCAGCCCUAGGUCUUCCUCCAGUAGUGUCUGAUGGAGCUGUAGUAUUUUACAGGCCAUUGUGAGAGCAAUGAGGAUUCACUGGAGGACGACUGUUUCCCUGAUAUGAUCUCCCUGUGGAGGAACGGUCAGAGAUAUCUCCAGGGAGGGAAGCCGGGAAUGAAGGAAGGGGUAGGAUGUAAUGUGAUGUAAUGUGUCAGUGCACAGCGUCACUGACACAUUACAACACACAACUGCUGAGAAUGAAACUAGCCACAAAAGCACCAGCCAACCUCUCAGCUGCACAUGAAAUACCCCGACCGGAUGUUCCUUUCUCUUUAUUUAUAUUUUGACCACUCAUUGUCUUCCUCUUUCUCGCCAUCUCUCUCUUUCUAUUCUCUCAUUUCCUUUUCUCUCUGUCUCUCUCUUCUGCUUUCUCUCUCUCUCUCUCUCUAACUCUCUAUUCUGCUUUCUCUCUCUCUCUCUCUCUCUUCUGCUUUUUCUCUCUCUCUCUCUCUCUCUCUCUCUCUCUCUCUCUCCCUCCCUCCCUCCUUUCUAGAAGCUGUCUAUAAUAUAUUAGGCCUGUCUCUUUAAAUAUGUCUUCAGCAGCCCUGGUUGUGUCUCAGCGAUUUGGCUCUCUGGCUUCUUUCCCUUCCCUUGCCUUCCCUUCUUCCCUGGGGGCAGAGUUGGGUGCUCAUCCAGCGUUGACGGAGAAGUCACAGGGGAGCCAAAUUUAUUAGGCUAAUGUAAUAAGUGAAUAACAUUGCUGUAAACCCCCAACGCGUCUCGUCACCGCUGCCACUACUCGCUACAGGGUGGCGGGCAGCAGGCUGUACCGCCGCUGCAGCAGCUGCAGAUAAUCAUCUCCAGCUCAGUAGCCGCAGCUAAUAAUCCUCCAGUAUAAUCUUCAAUUGGAACCGCCGCGCUAAUCUCUAACAGGAAUUAUCGCUAACGUUUAGUGUGUCUUGCGUCAGUUGCUACGUGGGUGCAGGCACGUAUGUGUGUGUGUAUGGACGCCAGUGGUCCAAUGACUGACUGGCUUUUGGUGUUUUUUUUAAAUGAAAACAGAGCAGCAAUUUAAACUGUGGAUUUCCUUGUUAGCAGACAGAUUAUGUAUUAUGUCGUGUUCCACAGCCUGACUUCUUUCAUGGGGAAAAUUGGAGAAAAGCUUAAUGGUGUUGGAACUUGGAGGCUACCAGACAGCUGGCUGUGUGGAGACGUUCCCUCAACGUUCCCUCUCGUCACUGUACUUCUAAUAACACCUCUACAUCCAUUCCCUUACACAUAUAAAGCCAAUAUCUUCUAGCAUGCCUGUCUCCUCGACUCAGUAAAGACUUUUGCCGCCGCGUCGCCAGAGGGCACUAGGGAGUUUUGUCAACACCAAAUAACAGCCCCAUAUUGUUUUUACUGCAUAGUGACGCACACGCUGUCACACCUGUCGAGUUUGGUGUGGCCAACGUUUAAAAAUAAAUACCUAUUUAUUUCUGUAGAGGCUUUGUGAAGUAGUGAUGUAGCAUUAUGGUCAAGCCUCAGUCCUUAGCUUCAGUAUCUGCUUAGGCUCUGUUGCUCAUGGACAUACAGUAACUCUAACACAGAUCUAGGAUCAGCUUCCACCUCCUCCAAUCCUAACCUGGCAAAAACCCCAAACUGACCCUGACCAUAAAUCAGCAUCUAGGGAAACUUUAUUCUACACCUGGGUAGUGUUCAUUAGGCACCAAAUGGAAGAAAUAUAAUUUGAUCCCUGAGAAAUUAAGCUAAUUGAUUGCACCCAAAUUGGCCAUUUUAAUUUAUAGGAUUCAUAUAAUCUUCAAUAAAUAUAGUACCUAACAUCCAAUUUGGACCAUCAUUCUUCCUAACAAUGAGUAACACAUGAGGAUUCCAAUAAAAUUACCAACAGCCACCCACAGACCUUCCACACCCCACACCGAUCCCACCCCAACAACCAGUAUACAGUAUACGUUUUCUAUGUCUGACAAGUAGUAUGGAGCUGCUGCUUGGAGUUUUGCUUCUUCAACCUUUGUAAAGUAUUCCCUGUGAAUCUGUUGAUGGUUUUCUUCCCCUGUUCAGAGAAAUUAGCUAUUGAAGUUGCUUGCAUUCUUUACCAUAAAUUAGUGUGAAAGUACCACGUUUUUCCCACUCGAUGCCACUGUUCCUGCUGCUGCCACCACACCCUUUUCAUCUCAUCAUGAGCAAAAGCUAUUGGUUUUCUAUCCAAAGUUGGUAUUCUAUAGUAUUCUAUUCGGUCUUAUGUAGCAAAUGUUUUGUAGAGACUCAGAGCUAGCAAAUGGUAUAUCAUACUCUACAGUUGAGGAACAAUGGGAAAGUAAUGCUGCUUUGAAUGUUGAUAAACUUGUAACCCCACUUUUAAGAAAAUGGCCCUUGAAUGUUUUGGUACACGUACUGGAGAGCUCUUCUUUGUCUACCCCCAUUCUGCAUCGUUCACACCCUCUUAAGCCUUAGCCCCACUCAUCUCUUUAAGGAUUCACAUGCAUGACAUCAGCAGCCUGGUGGUCCAGAAUAGCAUAACUGGUGUAUCUUAAUGCCAAUAAACCCAUCAGUUUAAAAAAUAAUUUACUAACCAUGCAAUUUAAAGCAACUUUCUAAACAAUGUUUCUAGCUUAUUAGCUAGCUAGCUAACAUUACAUUAGAUGGCUAGCCAGUUCAAAUAAUGAACACGUCAUAUAGCUGACAACGUCUUAACUUGAGCUUAUUUGUAUUCAUUAUUACAGGAAAAUAAACUCACAACACGAUCAUUAUUUACAAGUUAAUGGCAAACUAAUUACAGAAAAGAGUGUGAUGAAAUAAAAGCAGGGCAUUCUACCGUAUAAUUUUAGAACUUGGACACUGUCUCGUUGGCCUAACAUUAUAUACUAAUUUAACUUUAAUGCAGGUCAUGUUGUUCUUCACAUUACCGUCUCUGGUAAACACACACUAUAUAAAAUAUAAUCAAAGUUUAUUUGUCACAUGCACAGGAUACAGAAGGUGUAAACAGUACAUGGAAAUGGUACCUUGCAUAGUGGAGUAUUUUGUUUAGACAUGUAGCUAGCUAGCUAAACAAUGAACCAUAAUCCCAACUCAUAACGUUACUACCCUGCAUGAACCUGCAGGUAGCUAACUAACUAGAUUCAAUGUUAGCUAGCUAGCUAGCUAACAUUAGGCUAUAACUAGCAAUGCAAAUGGCUCUGAGACACAAAUAAUAUUACUACACAGAUCAUGAACGUAAUGUUAGCUAGAGAGCCAGCCAGCUAACGUUAGCUAGCUAGCUAAUAGUAUGCUUUAACUUGCAAUGAAAACGACUUUCUGAUUAAAUUAAAAACAUAUAUAAUAUCUGAAAAUGUAGCUAGCUAGACUCUCUUACUCAUAUACAUGGAUGAAUGCUUCUCCCUCUCUGUCACGUAUGCCAUGGUUGCCCUUAGUUUGAAGAUAUAAUCUGUAGACAGAUGUUUUAUUCAACAGCCUUCUGUGUGUUCUCUUUUCGACUUCCUUCGCAUAUUAGCAAUCAAACACCAGAAUUUUCUCCAUCUCCUUAGCUAUCAUACUCUGCUUCCACCGGGCAUUCCACUGAUUUAAAAACGUUGUCCUCCAGAAAGUGGAGAGCAACACUUUCGUAGCUAUUCAUGAUAUAUUAAAAAAAAAGCUGUGUUAGAAAGGAUUACCUACACAUACUGAGCAGCCCUUUGUUAUAGACAGAAGCAUGAUACAUGGCAGACCAAUCCAAACUCAUCUCUCGGCAUGUCCAGCCCAUCCAUUAUCUCAGGCAAUCAUGGCUAGCGGAAAGGUUCCUGUCUUUUUCUGUGGCUAAACCAACUGGGCUCGUAAUUUAACAAUUGUAUUCGUAUUUACAGAUGGCAUGCAAGUUUGUUAUUAAGGCACAUGAAAGUUCACAUGUUCCAUAAGGCAUUUCUGCCAAAAAAUGAAUUUUGAUAUAAAAAUUAUGUUUAUGUUCAAAUGCCUCUCCUGUGAAGUAGUGACGCGCGACAUACGCCUAGUUUCCUGAAACGAGUCACAUUUAAUAAACACAAGAGACCAGCAAAAUGGAUAAAAGGGUGUGGUGGCAGUAGCAGCAACAGCGGCAUCUAGUGGGCAUAACUUGGUACUUUCACACUAAUUUAUUUAAUCGACCCUGAACAAACACACAUCUCAGCCUGUGAUAACCUCUGACCUCUAUCCUUUGAUCCUGUCCUUUGUCCAAUCAGAUGGUCUAAUGAGUGAGGGGGAGUUCCUGGACAUAACAGAGAUCAAGCGACAUCAGGCGGAGGAGUUUGAGUGCAUCACCAACAACGGAGUGACGCAGCCCGACAUACGCAAGGUCAAGGUCACCGUCAACUGUGAGUGUCCCUAUAAACCACAAAACACACGCAUGCACUCACAUACACAGACACUCACAGACACACAGACCCAGUCACAGACGCAGUCACAGACACGGACACCACACACACACACCACCCCACACAUACAAUACCUCCCAUAAGAUAAUACAAUACUGAAUGCAACAAUUUCAAAGAUUUUACUGAGUUACAGUUCAGAUGAGGAAAUUAGUCAAUUGAAAUAACUUCAUUAGGCCCUAAUCUAUGGAUUUCAAAUGACUGGUUACAGAUACCUUUAAAAAAAAAAUGGGCCUCACAAUGGGCCUCAGGAUUUUGUCGUGGUAUUUUUGUGCAUUCAAAUUUCCAAUCGAUUAAAUGCAAUUGUGUUCGUUGUCCGUGGCUUAUGCCUGCCCAUACCAUAACCGCACCGCAUCCAUGGGGCACUCUGUUCGCAAUGUUGACAUCAGCAAACCACUCGCCCACACGACGCCAUACACAUCGUCUGCAGUUGUGAGGCUGGUUGGACGUACUGCCAAAUUCUCUAUAAUUCUCUGCCAACAGCUCUGGUGGACAUUCAUGCAGUCAGCAUGCCAAUUGCACGCUCCCUCAAAACUUGAGACAUCUGUGGCAUUGUGUUGUGUGACAAAACUGCACAUUUUAGAAUGGCCUUUUAUUGUCCUCAGCACAAGGUGCACAUGUGUAAUGAUCAUGCCGUUUAAUCAGCUUCUUGAUAUGCCACACCUGUCAGGUGGAUGGAUUAUCUUGGCAAAGGAGAAAUGCUCACUAACAGGGAUGUAAACAAAUUUGAAACAUGGGACCAACACUUUACGUGUUGCAUUUAUAUUUUUGUUCAGUGUAUGUAAAAUAUGAGUGAAUAUGUAUGAUUCAGUUAUGUAUCAAUAUGUAUGAAUGCAAUAUGUAUGUCUUAAUAAUGUCAUGUAUUUAUUGACCUCAACCUUUCUCGACCUUGAAGGUCACUGAGCCUUUCUUUGUCUGAGCUUAACUUUUAAUCACCAUUGUUGUAGGCAAAUGUUAAAGAAUUCUCUCACUUCUCCCUCCUUCUUCCUUCUUCAGACCCUCCCAUGA